AUGCGAGCCCCUCCCCUCUCGACUUAUACGUCUAGCAAUGCGACCGACGUGUCUAGGACAUAUCAAGUUCGUGUAGCCGUCCUGGUUUGCUCGGGAGUCAGUACAGUAGCUUCCUUGCUUGCCCUCUACUGGUUUUGCCGAAUGGAAAAGCGAUUUCGCCAUCAGCUUAUUGUAAUCCUGUUCUUCGGCGGUCUAGUAUCCUCGAUAUGCUAUUUCAUUUUCGGCCUGCUGUCAUCCAUACGUGGGCCGAUCGCCACUCAAACCAUAUCCUGUCAAAUGAGCGGAUUCCUUAUCCAGUAUGGUACCGAGACAUGCGUAGACUACGCUGUAUUUGUGAUUGCAGUUCACAGCGCCUUGCAAGUCUUUAGUCCUUGUCCACCCGCGAGUACAGAUGGCCUGAGGCCUUAUCGCUAUUACGUAUACACUGGAGCCAUCUUCGUUCCAGCACUAAUGUCAGGCCUCGCUUUCGUCAACCCACAUUAUGGCUAUCAGUCACUGGGUGCCUACUGUAUGCUUCCAAUCCGGCCUUUCUGGUAUCGACUGGCUCUUCAAUGGAUUCCGCGAUAUCUGGUUGCACUCAUCAUCUUUGUGCUUGCCACUGCCAUUUACACAUACGUCGGCUGUGCCAUUCGCCGCUAUUCCGAGCACAGCCAGAGUUUCCAGGACUCUCAUCUGACCUCUGGCCUUACAAGCUCGUUUGAGGAUAGGGAUACAGAAUCGCCCCUAUGCACAGUGCCUCGACGCCCCGAGGCGAGUUUCGAGAAGCCGCGUAGGACUCGUCGAGCGUCAUCAGUAGCUCACAAGAUUGUAUCGUCACCGCGUCAGGGAUCGUCCUUGUCAUUUGUAUCUGCAGGGCCCCUUCCUGUUCGUGCGGCUUCCAUUACCCCAGCAAGCAUGUACUCUGUGCCAGACCGAGUGCUGAAGGAUCCUCCACGAAGACCCUCGCUCGCCCUUAUACCUUCAGGCUACACCAUUCAUCAAACCCCCCCUCCAGGACAUGGCCACACUGUCACAGCCCAGCGCCCACACACCACCCCCACGACUAGUGCUCCUGCCCCCGUCUCCACCCAAUCCCCCCAAACCCAGCCCCAACUCGACGACCAAAACCCCGGACCCCUCUCGCCCAUCCUCCCACUCCGGGCCCCCUCGCCCGCCCACCACCACCACCACCACAUGGACCGCCAACGCGCCCGCAUCCACCGUCAACUCCGCCUCCUCUUCAUCUACCCACUCAUCUACACCAUCAUGUGGCUCCUCCCCUUUGCCAUGCACUGCAUGAACUACCGUGACCGCUACGCCCUCUGGCCCGUCUGGGGCGUCCGCCUCAGCUCCAACAUCAUCAUCACCAGCAUCGGCUUCGUCAAUUUCGUCGUCUUCAGCGUGCGCGAGAAGCCGUGGCGGAAAAUUCUAUCAAGCGAUGGCACGUUCUGGGGCAGCUUUGUGGUUUGGAAAGGGAGGCGGGGGCCUGGUGCGAGGGUGGAUAGUUUUGGGACGAGGGGGGCGAGGCGGAGUACGAGUGGGGGGUGGGAGGACAUGGGAGGGAGGGGUCCGGCACCGGGUGCUGGGCCGGGCAGGGCCAUGUUGGAUCAGCCGAGGGCGAGGCUGGAGAUGGAGAGGGAGGAUAGGUUGGAGGCGGCUCGGUUGAAGGUGGAGGCUGGGGAGGGUGGGCAUGGACAGGGACAGGCGCAGGUGAUGGGUGAGGAGGAUGAGGGAAGUGGGAAUGGUAAAGGCAAGGGCAAAGGUACAAGUAAAGACAAGGGCAAGGGCAAGCAAAGAGCAGUGCAGGUAUGA